AUGCCUUCCGUGUCCUUGCCUCGACCUGAGUUGUCGCAAACUGUCUGGCUCGGACCAUCCUGGCUUCGUAGCAACUAUGUUUGCGAGCCAGAAGUGAAGCCAGUCGCUGGUGUAUUGUUCUCCGACAUUGCUGUUUUGGACUUGGACUCGCCGUAUCUUCGCUCUCUGGUCCGGCGCAACAAACGGCGCCAAGGUUGGUCACUGGCCAAGCUGUUCACUGCACCGCCCCCUCGUCCAGCGCCUCCUUUGCACACCCGUUGUCAUGCUGAUCCACCUUCUGUUGAUCCAACAUCUGCUGCAAAGUCGUUUGACAUCCCGAAGUCUGCACAGGCUUUCCUCUCCUCUUUCGACUUGGUACCAUGCGAGAAUUUUGCAACCAGCCACUGCUGGUGGGCUGCCGCUGCCAUGCACACAAAAAAGAACAUCAUUGACUUGAUGCUAAAUGUGCUGGAUCACGCCCAAGCAUCGCAAGGGAUGUCCCUCCAACAUGCCUGGGCUUUGCUGUCGCCAGUGACUUCGACACAUCAAAUCGCUGCUGCAAUCAUUGCUUUGCGCCAGGAUUUCCCUUCUGGCUUGCUCAUUGCACAUGGUCCUGGGAAUGGCGUGUAUUUCUUUCACCCAGAUUUGCCUUACCAAUUCAUGCCAUUCACAUCUGCUUCCAGGUGGCGCAAAGCAUUCCCAACAACGCCUAUCAUGCUCUUCACACAAGUCCCUCCAGCCAACAUUGGGCAUUAUCAGCUCUGCGUGCCUGCAGUGCCAUUCCCAACCAAUCUUCCAGCCUCAGUUUCGGCUCUGCUGCUUCAUGAUUUGCACCCUAAUAAUGCGCAGUCUCCAAGCAGAAAUGAAACGUCUCCAAGCAUGGAUGGCCCAUCUGCGAGACAAAAUGUCCCGACGCCAAAAAUGGAAGGGGCCAGCUUCAAUCUUGCUUCUGAUCUUCAAGGUUGCAUCGACUUGGAUGCAGACAGCUGCAGCGAGCUAGAGCUGGACUUUAGUUGCUCGCAGGCCCUCCAGGUUCAAAGAGAGUGUCCCGUGCGGGUUUCCAUUCAAAUAGCAAAACGGGCAGUUGCACGAUUUCCAGACGAUCUGCCCCGUGCCAUUGCAGAGUCCUGUCGCAUUGCCUGCUCUCCCACACGUAGGCGAUCCCGUUCUCCAGUGCCAAUCCCAAGCAAUCUUCCAGCAUCAGUGUCUGUUGUCCCGCUUCGUGAUCUACAGCCCAAUAAUGAGCUCUUUGGAUUUGCGCACUCUCCUGAUCUGUCUUCCCGUUCUCCAUCCGUUCGCAUCGUGGUUCAUUUGGAUUCAGAUAGCGGCAGCACUGCUCAUGAGUCUGAAUUUGCUAGUGCCGUGCCAGUCACCCCACUUCCGUGGCAACCUUCGCCAAAUCCAUCGUUCUCUCCUGCCCCUGCAACAGAGCCGGAUUCACCAGCGUCUUCCGUGACACAGCCCUGCGCCAUUUCGCCGACAAUUCCAUUCACUGUGGAUUGCAUGGUGCCUGCAACCUGGUUAGACCCAUUGCAUCGUUCAUCUGCAUCGCCCAUGGGAUAUUUCCAGCCUGAAUCAUCGUUCGCGCCCGAUCGGGUGAUUGAAGAAGCUGCCGCACCAUCUGCUGCGGGAAGCACCCAGCCUUCCCAAGAUAUUCCAUCAGUUGGUUCGCUGCUUGUGACUAAAGCCACAGAAUGUGAAGCAUGUCGUAGCUUCGGCUUCACCACCUGCAUCUGCUUGUGCCAGCAGUCAUGGUCCCGGCCUCCUUCGUCACGCGUAGAAGAUCGGGUGAUUGAAGAAACUUCCGCACGAUCUGCUGCUGCAAGCGCUCGGCCUUCCCGUGACAUUCCGUCAAUUGGUCCACAUCUUGUGACUCAAGCCACCGAAUGCGAAGCAUGUCGUAGCUUCAGCUUGAGUACGUGCCUUUGCUUGCGCCACCAGUCGCCCUUGGAAACCGGGCACCACAGAUCUUCUCGCAGGCAUUUUCUGUCUGAUGGUUGCUCAUGUGUUGGAAUGUUUGGUGUGUGUCUUUGCGGCUACGCGUGCCGCGCAGAGCUAUCACUGAAGGAACCAUCUUCGAGCAUCGCCGAGCAGUCUCCAAGCAGAAAUGAAACGUCUCCAAGCAUGGAUGGCCCAUCUGCGAGACAAAAUGUCCCGACGCCAAAAAUGGAAGGGGCCAGCUUCAAUCUUGCUUCUGGUCUUCAAGGUUGCAUUGACUUGGAUGCAGACAGCUGCAGCGAGCUAGAGCUGGACUUUAGUUGCUCGCAGGCCCUCCAGGUUCAAAGAGAGUGUCCCGUGCGGGUUUCCAUUCAAAUAGCAAAACGGGCAGCUGCACGAUUUCCAGACGAUCUGCCCCGUGCCAUUGCAGAGUCCUGUCGCAUUGCCUGCUCUCCCACACGUAGGCGAUCCCGGUCUCCAGUGCCCUUUCCAAGCAAUCUUCCACCAUCAGUUUCUGUUUUGCCGCUUCGUGAGCGCAUAGGGAGAUUUUGGAGCGCCAGGCAUGACAUUCUGGAAAGGACGGUCGGUACCCUGUACUCCCAACACCUCCGCGCGGAUGCCUGCGACGCAUUUGCUUUGGCUAGCCUGUUCCAUGCCUUGCCACACGACUGGCCGGUGCAACUUGACCACUUUGAUUUGUCAGUGGACGCGCUCUUCGAUGAUGAGCUAGAGCUUUGGCGACAGCGUGCAGCUGACAGUCUCCAUUUUGAGGGCACCAUUCAAGACGCUUGGAACAGCCAGCUUCACUUGGUUAAGCUUCUUCCGUUUUUCCUGGCUGUGCUUUGCCUGUUUGCGGAAAAGGCUGGUAUAGCCAGGGAGUUCCCUUUUGGAUUUGCAUUGCUCAUGGCACCUUGGCUUUGCCAUCGGUCCUUGCAUGUCUGUUUCAACCCGCUCAAGCCAGAGCAUGAAGUUCGAGCGCGCUUGUUUAUAGCAUUGGUCGCUGAAAGCAACUGCGGCAAAUCACCUUUCUUUCGUCAAGUGGUCGAUGCUGUCUUUGUUACGCACGAUCCUGCUCGACCUUGCUUGGUUGAUUUGUUUCCGGAGUGCUUCGUCUUACCUGGGCCUGGCAAAGAUAAAACCUUGUUUGUGCAACAAUGCACUAACAGUGACUUUGCCAGAAGGAUGAAAGCAACCCACGGACAUUUGUGUUGGCUUUCUGAAGAGGCAUGGAGCGCCUUGGAUGUUGCUUGGGCACGAGGCAAGGGUCGAGUGUCCCAAACAGAACGCAAAGUACAGCACUGCUUUCUGCAAAACACGCAGAAUGGCAAUUCUUACGGCCCCAUGAGUAUAAAUGCCGAACAAUUCUUCGUUCCCACCACAAACUUCGCCUUCUUUCAUGCCGGGCAACCAAAAGUUAUUCAUGAUUAUUGGGGCCAAGCAUUUCUGAAAGAUUGCCCAUUCGGCGGCAUGGGCUGGGAAUUUCGCCCGACAUAUCUAUGGCCAAGAGACCAGCCAGAACAUGAUGAAAGCAUGCCUCAUGUCACGUUCGCUGGUGCUACCAGGUUCCUACUGGAUAUUUUUGCCCGACUUUGCACAUGCUAUGGCCAAACUUUGGACUCCAAAGGCUUCAGCUCUUCUCCAAUCCCAAUCGAAAGGCAGGCUGCUGCCAUGUGGUCCAAAUUUCGGCACCAAGCAGAACGUGACAAGAGCACAGUACCCCCUUGUGCUGCGGAGGCAGUGGGAAAGCAUUGCUUUACAACCACUUCACACAUCACUGCAUGCCAUUUGCUGCAAGAGGCCUUUUUGGACAUCAAGCAGGGUAAAGUUGAUCUUGAUACCUUGCGCAAGCCUACAUCUGCAUCUUCAGCACUGGCCUCUUCCGCUGCUUGGCCCCAGUCAAUCCGUCCAGUUCCUGCCGAGUUGAUGCUUGCAGCGCCCGAGCACCUUCAUCUGAUGCUUACUGGCAUUUUGACUUGCUUCAAUGAAAUGAAGCUCGCCCAGCACGAACGAGCAGGCCCUCCUGUGCUGGAAGAAGAACGCCUUGGCCGCCGCCGUGCGCCCCAGCCCGCUUCCAACGCAGGAACGCCACAAAGUCCUGAUGAGCAUGCUCUAAGUCUUCUCCUGCAACGUUGCCAAGAACGAACCCAUAUCAGCGUGACAGACGCAAAUGUUGUCUUGCCUCGCCGCCUUGGGUUUCGUUCCGAUCAGCAGGCUUUGUGCCGUCUUUUUGAUUUGGCUGCUCAGCAUCAUGCGGGUGUGCGGGAAGGCAGCCCCAAUGUAGGCUUGCGCUUGCGGCUCACACUGGCCAAUAUGGAUGCAGCUUUCCGCCAGCAUUUGAACCUGCAGCUGUCAUCGCCUUCCACACUCCGACGAGCCGAAGAACCUGCAAUGGCCGGCGCUGGAAAACGUGGCUGCAAGCUGGGUCAACAUAGGGAGCGUCCAGAAGCUGCAGCGGACGGGGCUGGUGACGAUGAAGAGAAACCACAGGAAGGCAAAAGGAAAUUGGAAAAAAAAGAGCUGGUCACACCAGUAUAUGUGCCUGCACAGCCGCUGACAAGCAAAGACGUAGAAGAUGCUCUCAACGCAGCUCUUCAAGGUCAGCAUGAAAAAGUGCAUGGACAGCCGUUCAAAGUGAAGGCUACUUCAGUAAAAAGAAACAAAGGCAGUGCCUUCCAGCUCCGCUGCGCCAUUUGCCAGCAUCAUACAUGCUCUUGGAGAGGUAUGGCCUCCUGCAAAGCUGGUGAAUUCAUGGUGCAUUCUUCGUACAUGCUGAACAACAAGCAUGGUCAAGUCAAAAGGCCAAAAGCCAAGUCUGGGCGUAAACUAGGCCAAACUGCCAAUGCGGCUUUCACAGUGACAGAAAGCCUGGCCCACACAGGUGAUUUGGACCAGACAAGCAUGUGGAGGGCAGUUGAAAAGCACUUUGAAGAUAAGCCUCUGCAAGAUACCCUUUUGGUGCGCUGUCACCCACGCAAACCGACCAAAAAGGGACCUACUUGCGUUUUUGAAUGCAAAACGCAUAUGAACAGAGCAACUGAUUCGUGCUGUCCCUGGGGAGGCGCGGCCUGUAUCACAACUUUGGCCGACGGCAGCCACCAGCUCCACUUGAGAUAUCAGAGAUCGGAAGCACACGCUCCAGAUGAAAUGCGUCUCUAUGGAACACUGACGUGGCGACAAAGACAAGCAGCAAAGAGAUGCGAGAAGCGUGAUACUAUUUCAGUGACUGCUGCCGUAGACAAUGUCAAGGAUCGUGCCAACCCACACAUUCCCAUCCCUCCGUUGAAGCGGCCUUGUUUGCUUCAAUUCAUUCGGCGCACUCGAUUAAAGCUCGGAGCACAAGCAAAAGAAACACCUGCCUGUAGCAAGUCUUCCCACACUUGCAGCGACUUUGAAUUUUGCCGUGAUCGUUGCAAUGCGGGCUUGCCAGUUCCACUUCUUCCUGACAGCCCGGCAUUACUGCCAUCAGAUUCCCACGUCCGUGUUGUGGACAUGCACUUGUCGCCAGAACAAGUCUGUGUACCCAUGGUUUGCCCUCGCCUCAUUGCUCUCACCUUGUCCUUAUUGCAAAAACCAUGGAAUUUGAAGCUUUCCACGGAUGGGACCUAUCGUUUGCUCUUUGAUUCAUACACAGUUCUCACCAUGGGCGUGAAUGUGAAGAAUUGGUCCCCACGAAAAGACCUGAACAUUUAUAGCUUCCGUAGCUCGUUUGUACCUCUUUGCUUUGCUCUGGCAAACAAAGAGAAUGAAGAAGCGUACAGCCACAUGAGCAGCACCCUAUUCAAAACGGCCCAAAAUUUAGGACACGAUCUACAAGCACAUCAUGUCCUGCAGUGGCAUGGCGACAUGCAUUUAGGAAUUGAAGCUGCACGUCGCAGAGUUGCUCCAACGUCGAUCAGGCUUUCUGACUGGGCGCAUGUGACCGGAGCCACAUCCCAGGGCCCAUCUGGACUUUCGGGUCUUCUCACCAAAGAAUUACCUGCUGCAGUCAAAGAGUCAGUGUUGCCGUGGAUUUUGCAAUACUGCCGGAUCUCGAAGCAAUGGCCUGCUCUCCUCUUCCACGUGGUGUGGGAUGCAAUUUUUGCUGACUUGGAGGGUUUGUGCGAAGCAAGUACCAUCAGAAAGCUCCAACGUCACUAUUUCAUGUGGCAAGAAGAUGUCGAGCGCUGGGACGCGCCUUGGCGAUCUGCACCAGAUAGAAUCAUGCCAGGGACAGAUGCAGGGUCUGCACCUCAAGAAUCUUGGCACAACUCUGUUCUCAAAGCCGCCUUUGGCAACAUUCCACGCAAACCAGGAGAGGUUGCUCGAAUACUGGAAGAGCGAGUGGUCAAGCCGCAGAUUCAAACUCUUCUUGCCAUGGAGCACGAUGGACAAACCUUCCAAGACUGGCCUGGAAUCGGUACUUUCCUCGACCAACAUAUCUUGGCAGGCGAUGUCCAGUUAAAGAAAGAAGGCCGCACAUCAGGCAAGACGCUUCUCGCUUGGCGCAAGCAUCAGAGGUGGCAAGAUGAAAAUGGGAACGUUUGGAUGCUGGUUCCCACAUCCAAAUUCAAGACCGACUGGUCGAAAUCCACUGGAAAAAAGGUGUACAAGCCUCGUUCACCUCUGCCCUUGGAUUCUGAGGCUGUCAGGCAUUAUGCAGCAUUGAUCACUGCGGCCUCUCUCCAUGAGGUACGCGAAGCCUUAUCUGCUUUGGACUUAUACGACGGCCAAUCCAAGUCUUUCAAAUGCUGGCACAGAACAGCAAAAGCGUUGGAUGAUUGGCGUUGUGUCGUCUCUGGCCCCUUUGUGGAUUCUUUGUGGAGAGAAUACCAUGAUGAACCUCCUGCUGUUCAAAACAAACAUCGGCUUUGGCUUUGCUAUGGUUGUCAUGUUGCAUCACUCUGGGGUCCAUGUGAACAUGCGCACUGUUGCAUGGAGCAUGAGGGCCAAUCGUCUUCCAGUACGUUGCCGAAACCGAAGCCAAAAGGCCGCCCAUCUGCCAAAGCAAAGAUCAUUGCUUCUCGAGCCUCGCCUCCCCAGAUCAUCCCCGGCAAUGUCCAUGCAGAAAGAGCUGGCAGCACAACGCCUGGGCCUGGUCGCUCCUCUUCAGAUUCUGUGAAAGUGUCUUCCUCUCCUGACAACCAAGAACUGCGUUCCUUGCUUCGGUCUGCAUCACUUGGCCACCUGUACCAACCGAUGCUAGAACAAAGUGUCACCAUUGCAGCCUUGCGUCGCUUUUCCAUGUCGGACUUUUUCACGGUGUUUGGGAUGUCCGUUGGAGAAGCAAACGGCCUGAUGGAAGCCUUGGAGUCUCCGCCAACAGUCAAUGCCUCAGAGAAGAAGGAGGCUCCCCGUCAAGAACAAUCUCGUGGUGCAGGAAAAACUGUGCACAAUGGCGGAGAGGGUGAGUGCAUUGACCUCACCCGCGGUCCGAAUUCGCAAGGCUUUUUGACCACCUGUGAACUUGUCGCUUUCUGCCUGCACUUGUGCUUCCUUUUUCUGAUCCUGAGUCAGUACCCGAUGUGCACCAAAUUCGAGAUUGUGUAUCCGCGGGAUCUGCCCGUCUCAGAAUGUCGUGUCACCUGGACUUGCUUGAAGCUCAAGUGUCAGAACGGAGCACACGAACAUGGAGUGAUGCAACCAAAGUUGCACUGCUUGACCCUCGCGCACGAUGUCUCUGCACGCCUGCCUGCUCACACGAGGCAUUUGCAAAUGAGCGUCAUCUUCACCAGGUCGUGUCACAUGGACUUGUCCCACCGAACUAUGGCAGGUGGAUUCUUCGACCAAGCCGCCCCCAACCUCAGCAAUGUCAUUGCAUCGGCAAGAUCGCCGACCCUGCCUGCGGCCCAGAAGAAGGACGCCCAGGAGGCCUACAAGCUCCUGCAGGGCUUGUACCAAGCCACCAAGGAGGCCCUCUUCCCGGCGGAGCUCCCGGUGAUCUCGGCGGUGGAGAGCUUGCAAAUCACCAGCGGAGAAGAUCCGUGCCUGCCAUUCAGCGAGGAAGAGACCUUCUGGUUGAGCAUUUUCAAGGUGCACGACGGAGAGGCCGGGCCAGUCCAAGAGAUCCUCGUGCAAGAGACCGAGACCGACGAAGAGUACAGCACGGAGGACGAGCUGAAGCUCCGCUUUGCCGGCCUCCACGCCUCCGACGUGGCGGAGCCAACAGCGACGAGGAGUCCACCCCCACCGACCUCACCAGCAAGCGCCCACCCUCCAGCUCUUCCAAGUUUUGAUCGAGAGAUGCAAGCGGGACAAAAAGGAAUGUCAGCAG